GAAAAAUCUGUUUGCCGCCUAAACCCAUAAAUAUAAAUACGCCCCACAUUUCCCCGUUCCCUCUCUCCACCAUUCGAUCCCUCUCUCUCUUUCUGUCUCUCGAUUUCUGUGAGAUCUGCUGUUCCAGAGGAAAAUGUCGGGGAAAGGAGCGAAGGGCCUUUUGAUGGGCAAGAAUGCUGCUGCCAACAAGGAUAAGGAGAAGAAGAAGCCGAUUUCUCGCUCUUCCCGGGCUGGUUUGCAGUUUCCUGUGGGUCGAAUUCAUCGGCUUCUAAAGUCAAGAAUUGCGGCCAAUGGAAGGGUUGGUGCUACAGCUGCCGUUUAUUCAGCAGCCAUCUUGGAGUAUCUGACUGCGGAGGUGCUUGAGUUGGCUGGAAACGCUAGCAAAGAUCUGAAAGUGAAGCGUAUAACUCCUCGUCACCUUCAGCUUGCAAUUAGAGGAGAUGAAGAGCUGGAUACGUUGAUUAAGGGCACCAUAGCAGGAGGUGGCGUCAUCCCUCACAUUCACAAGUCACUCAUCAACAAAUCUUCUAAAGAUUAAGUUUUCUAACUGAUCCUUGGUUCAAUCGAAGAAGCCUAAUUGUUUCUGUUCUUUGUUUUACUUCGUGGAAACCUUCCCAGACAUACGUUCAUUCUGAUUCUUGUCUUCGUUACUUGAGCCACACAUGGCACUCUGUUGUAUCAUUAGUGUUACAGUCUGACUAGUUAGGUUCUGCAGGUGGAGCUCAUCUGCUGGCUUUCUCCGGCUCGUUAUGUUCAUCUUUUUUAGCGACAUAUAUGCAUGCACGCAUGACAUUGAAUUUAAGAUAUUGGUCUUGUGAUUGUAGGAUCCAAAGAAGUUUGAUGUACAACCUUCCGUCUAAUCUUCAGAGUUCUCUACUUCCUUA